AUGUACACGCUCUUCCUGUUCCUCUUCAUGACCGCCGAGUUCAUCCCCACGCUCCCCGAGCACCUGCACGAGCUCGCCAAGUACGCGCUGCUCUUCUUCAUCCCGCUGAUAGUCGCGGCGAACGAGCUCGGGUCGUUCGUCGACAUCUCCUACCGCACCCUCGGCAACGUGCCCGCGGUCGGCUUCGUCGACCAGGCCGUCCACACGGGCUUCGACGUGCUCACGCUCGCGCUCCUCGUGGUCUUCCAGCUGCUCGUCCUCGCCGUCGCCGUGCGCCGCCUCACCAAGGCGCUCGCGUACCGCCGCGAGCUCGACGCCAAGGCCGCGGAGGGCGGUGAGGUCAAGACGCACCUCCUCCGCGGCCUCGCGUGGAUCGUCGGCGGCGUCUUCCUCGGCGUCGUCGAGACCGCGAUCGGGUUCGCGGGCGGCGCGUUCGCGCUCGCCUUCGCGCGGCGCACGCUGCGACUGCUCGGGCGCGCGGGGCUCAUCGUGGGCGUGAUCAACGGCGUGGACACGGUCGAGGACUUCCGCAUCCUCAAGGCCGAGCAGCGUCGCCGGUCGCGGCUGCUCAUGCUCAUCUCAAACCCGCGCAACAGCACGUUCCGCCAGGUCGGCGGGGCGGCGUUCGACGCGGAGGCGGGCGGGCGGCUUCCCCGCGCGCUGCAACAGCGCAUGUCCGCGCUCUCCGACGUCCUCCUGGAGAUCCGCACGGUGUCCAUCCGCUACUCCGGCACGCCGCCCAGCGUCAGCGGCGUGGGCUCGUCGACCCGGGCGAUGGAGAACGGGGGCUCGUCGGGCAUGGAGUACUCCCUCGCGGCGUCCGCCGGCUCAGCGGGUCGCGCGUCCGUGAAGCGCCCGCAGCGCGUGACGGUGCAUUACGUGCGCGGGCGCGCGCCGAUCCUGGAGCUGCGCCGCUUCUCCGACCUGCUCGACCCCCGCUCGCUGCACGUGCUCACGCAGCUCGACCCGUUCUUCGAGGCGCAUGCGUUGCGCACCAAGUCGCUGCCGUCCCAGGCUGCGCUGCAGGGCUGGGGCGCCCGCCGCUCGACGCUCAAUGCGCCGCAGCCCAUCUUCGCAGUCGCGCGCCAUGCGGGUGACUCGCUCACGCCGCCGCCGUCUGCUGCCAUGUCCACCGCGUCCGCCUCGUCGUCGGCCGUCAUCACACCAGUCACGCGUGCACGCCCUGCAUACGCACGGCACACGUUCGCAGGGCGCGAUUUCGCCUCGAGAGAUCCGCGCGAACCCUCGCAGACGACGUCGGACGAGUCGCUGGAGGCGCUCUACGCGCUUACGGUGCAAUUCCCCCGUGCGCCCAGGACCGUCAGCGUGCUCCAGCCUUCUGGCGGCAAAGUUCCCUCUGUCUCGCGGGUCCCCACCGACAGCGGCCAUACUACGGAUAAUGCGGCUCCGGACGCAGAAUUGGUCCCGGAAGACCCCACGCAGUUCAUUGCCGUGGGCGCGGACUCACCUUAUGGAACCGACGGAGAGGACGCUGGGCUUGCAGCGGAUGAGGUGCCUGAGGACGCGACGAUACGUUCCCUCGGUGAGUCGUACGAGAGCACCCUCGUCGAGCAUGAGGGCCAUGAGGCUGAACUGCUGCUGGAAGACGAGGCUCAGGCUGCCGCCGCACUGCCCACGCCGGUCUCGAUGCUCACGCCUGUCGCGCGCCGGGUCGGCAAAGAGAAGUAUGUCUCUGCGGCUCCUGGCCCCGCCGUUGAUUACGACAGCGACGCUCGGUCGACAUCAAGCAGCAAGCAUUCGCGCAGGGCAAGGACGAUGAGCGCGAAGCUGCAGAAGCCGAGGCAUGGCAUGGACAGUACGCUCGACUUGCGUUCGCCCCCGUCUGCGUUCGACGAUCUUGCGUCUGUGGAUUCCCGCGUACCGCGCAUUAUGAGCGUCGGAAGCGCGCCGCAGCGCUGGACGCCAACACCAACGAGCAGCAUGUACAACCGGGACAGCAUUGCGGUCGUCCUCGACGAGGCCCCCGUUAGGAGAGCAGGCAGGAGGCUGCGGAAACAGAGCAUUCACAAAUCACGGAACUCGAGCCCCGCCGAGAGACCGGCCCCUGCUACCAUCCCUGCAGACCGUAGUUACUUUGAGGACUGA